CACAACCCAAUAAAUAGACAUACAACGUGUCAGUUCCGUGCUUCCUUAUCGACUGUGAGAAGUGUUUUGGAGUCAUGAAAGUUCUUCUGUUAGCCGCGUGUAUUGCAGUUGCGUGUGCCGCACCACGUGAGAGGGCAGUUUUCGGUAUCUGUGUUGAAAUGUGUACCAGCAACUCCUGCCCGGCGGGACAGAGCUGUCGAUCAAAUGGGUGUGGCCAUACCUGUCAAUCAGAUUCCACAUUCGCCAUUAACCACCUUCCUCAAUGCAGUCUGAUGUUGUGCGAUCUCUACUGCCCGAACGGGUUCGCUACUGGAAAAGACGGGUGCCCAACCUGUACUUGCAAUCACGGUUCGCCCUUUCACAUUCUGCCGAUUUAACGAGUGUAUAAACAUAAUUUUUAAAAACGACAAAUGAUUAAAUGGAAAUAAAAUUA